GGACGGGACCCGUACCCCGUUUCCGCGAUAGGCUGCAGAUAUCCACACGCGCAGGCCACACAGAGCACGGCGAUUCCCCGGCCGGAGGCGUGCGCCCCCGCCGGCCCGCCGCCAUGCUGGUCCCCGCGCCGUGGGCGGCUACGGCGCUCUCCUCCCUCCACUCCCUGUCGUCCCACUACUUCCUCCUCCCCGCCCACUUCCUCCCGCCCGUCGGCGCCCGCCCCCCGCUCCGCCGCGGCGACCUCGCCAUCCGCAACGGCGGCGGGCCGCGCACCUACCCCGGCGGCGUGUCCAAGUGGCAGUGGAAGCGGAUGCAAGCCAAGAAGGCCCGGCAGCUCCUCAAGGCGCGCCUCGCCCGCGAGCGCCAGCUCUACGAGAUGCGGAAGCGCACCGAGCUCCGCGACGCCGUGGCGCACCUCGAGCGGCCCUGGGACCCCGACUCCGCCGCCGACGCGUCCGCCGUAGCGCCCAACCUGCUCUCCGUCGCGGCCGAGGACCAGCUCAGGGCGCUCGCCGACCGAUUCCACCGUCCCGGCGGCGUCGACCUCUGGAACGACCGCGACGGGCCCCGGGUCUUCGCGUCCCCGGCCACCGGCGCGACCUCUGCCAGGUUUUUCCCCAAGAACGCCGUCCACAGCGUGCAGCCCUACGCGCUCGUCGGCGACGGCGGAGAGGCGAGCGCGCCGCGUGCCCGCGGGAACGCCGCGGACAUGCUGCUGCUUGGGCGUGGAGGCGGCGGCGCGCAAGGUGUUCGUGAGAAUGCUACCGGGGAUGAAGCGUAUCGUACUGGUGACGUGGAGCCAGCGGUUGAACUCAUGGAAAGGGAUGGGACCUGGGAGCCGGUGGAUGACUUGGCCGCCGCUGAUGAUAGCAUUCCUGGCUACUGGAGUUCGGAUGAUGACAACGAUGAGGUUCCCUCGGAAUCAGAGGACAUGGGAGAUGCCCGUUCUAGGCGUGUGCCACGGGCAACGAUGCACAGGCGAAAUGGAAGGAACAAUGGCGUCACAAGAUGGGAAGUGGCAGGCGCCAUGGCUGCUGCCAGUGAUGAUGACAGAGGUUGGAGUGGUGAUGCUUUCUUCUCGGACUCGGAACGAGCAAGGGAAGGCCAUCGUGAGCAGCGAUGGCAGGAAACAAGUAGUAGUGCAAGCACAAGAAAGCGCGCUGGCGGGAGACGGCAUGCCUUGAAUUCUGCAUCGACUAGUCGCGUUGGCCAGAGGGGACGUGCAGGUGCUAGUUCGUUCUCUGACUCUCAGGUGAUCCAUGGUGGUUCUGAGCCAAAAUGGAGACCAAGGACCAGAGAUGGCAAUAAGAAUGGCACCGGGAGGUGGAAUGCUCCUAGACAGGAUCGGAUCGGUGAGGAGUUCAACUCGAAUUCAGACAGUUCAAGAGGCGGUGAAAUGGAACCAAGAUGGGGAGCCAGAAAUAAGUUGAAUGGAAGAGAGAACUUUAGAGGAAUAUCGAAACCGAAAUACAGUACUAAUACCAGUGACGGGGAUGCGCUGGGGAGACACAUGAGGGCCAACUAUGGUGAUGAGCACCAGAGCAGCAGCAAUGGAAGACAUCGACUUGCUGGUAACUUUGCUGAGGAUUUGGAGACGCCAACAUGGAAGCCUAGAAGAAUAAACCGAGCUAGGAACAUCAACGGCGAUGGCAGAGACGACAACGUCAGUGGGAGAUUCAGGAGAGGCAACAAUGCGAGACGUCUGCAGGAGAAUCCUAGGAACAUCAACAGGGAGGAUGGACCUAGGAUGAACAGGAAUGGACAACGGUUCAGAGGAGAGGACUACUCACUACGGCCAACAUCGGAAUUGCACGGUUCCUGGAGGGAGAGGGGAUCGGAUGAAUUGUAGUUAACAGCGAUAGACUGAAAAGAUUUGUGUGUGCUACUUUUUUGUAUGACUAUAAACCUCUGUCGAGUGUUGAAAGUAAUGUACUACUGACAUUCAUCUUA